AAAACACUGGACUGCAGUACUACACACCUCGGCUAACUUAACAAAUUGUAUUAAGUCAGAAAUGUACAGUCUCAUGUGUAAACCACGUGUUGAACUCUUUUUCAGGUGAAUGUGAACCCAAUUCAUUGCUAAUUUACAUCAAUAUGCUGCCAGGUCAACCCUUACAAAUGAAGCUUUCUGUCCUAUUUCUAUUUAGGAUGCAGAUGCUUAGCUUUAUUAAUGGGGAAAGCAAUACAUUAUGUCAGUUGUACAAUAUCCAAAAUAUAAAGUUAUAAAGGAGAGGUAAUCGGUGCUGAGUGCAAAAAGUCUUGAGUCCUCUGGACAUGUAUGCAAGUGCACCGUUCUCUACACCACAGGUGUCAAACUCAAGGCCAGGGCCACAGCUAGCCCUCCACUUAUAUUUACGUGGCCUGCAAAAGCCUGGAAAUAAUUUGCGUGUUUUGGCAUUUCAUCUUUCUUCAACCAAUCAAUCAAUCAAUGUUUAUUUAUAUAGCCCUAAAUCACAAGUGUCUCAAAGGGCUGCAGAAGCCACAACGACAUCCACGGUUCAGCGCUCACAUAAGGGCAAGGAAAAACUCACAACCCAGUGGGACAUCGAUGAGAAUGACUAUGAGAAACCUUGGAGAGGACCGCAGAUGUGGGUAGACCCCUCCGCCCCCUAAGGGAGACCGGAUGCAAUGGACGUCGAGCACUUUUGCCGAGGCCAUUGCCUGACUGACCAUGUUAUCCUUGUGAGAGUGGGCGGGGCUACCUGGCCCUGAGGCGCAAAGGAGGGGGAGCCUAGGCGCAGCCGUCGUCGGACCCUGCCCCGCCCCCGGACAAGGCACGCAAGCGGAGCGGGCAUUCUUCAACCUUCCUCCUUCCCUCCCCGUCAAUCUCUCCCCCCACACCCCCAACCACCACCAUGAUGUGGUCACGUUGCUUGUGGAAAGCGUGAGGAAGCAGGAGUCUGGAAGGCGACCCUGCUCAGCCGGGGGACUCGGACCUGUCCCUGCUGGACCCGAAAACCCUGGGAGAGUGCUGGCCCCCUGAUGGCUUGAUGCCUGAGAGCAGUUACUGGCAGCUCUGCCCUCCCUCUAAGUCCAGCCUGCAGGGGGGGUUGCUGAGCUCUAGUUUCCCUCCUGGCCCAGUCCCCCUCGUGCCGCCAGAUGCUCACCUGCGGGAAGGGGGCGAUCCCCUGGACGGCCCCCCUUCUCAGCCGCAGCAGCAUCACCGGCCUCUGGCACCCAGCACCUCGGCGUCCGAGCUCUCCCUACCAGGAGCGGCGGCGGCUCCUCCAGGGCCCGCCCCUCCGCCUCCUCCUCCUCCCCCGCCGCCCAAGCGCCACUGCCGCUCCCUGUCGGUACCGGAGGACCUGUCCCGCUGCCGCUACACGUGGCGGCCCAGCGCCUCGCGGGUGUGGACUCCAGUCAGUCGGCAGCAGUGCCACGGAGGCGUUGGCGGCAUGGGGGUCACAGGUGUGGUGGCCGGUGCCACGGGGGGAGGUGCCUGUCCUCUCCGGGCGCCAAGCUCCUCUUUGAACUCGUCCCUGCACUCCUCGUCAAGCCCCACCUUCUUCAGCUUGGCACUUUCUCCAGACUCGCCGCUUCCUUGGAACUUCCCAUGGGACCCUAUUGAAGCAGCGGCAGGGGGAGGAGCCUGCUGCUGUUUCUUCCCCUCCCCGUCGUCCUGCUCCUCGUCACCCUCGCCCCUCCACCCGCCGCCGCCCCCUCAUAGGCGUUUCUCCCUCUCACCCGUGCUCAUCAGAGACUCGUCGGCGGCCGCCACCUUCCUGCCUCCGCCGCCUGUUCCCAGCCAAGCGGCGGCGCCUCCGAAAGGCUGCUGUGCGGCCGGCGGGGCUAUGGCAGGCGCCCCCGUGCCUGCCUCGCCUUCCUCCGCCUGCAGCACGCCGUCAUCCCUGCGCCGCAGCUUUCCGCCGCAGCUACCGCGUUGCCACUCGCAGCCCUGUGACCUGCUGCUGCUCAAACCGGGCCUGAAGAGGCGACGCGACCCAGACCGCCCCUGUGCCCGCCCUGUCCUCGAUUUCACCAAGAUGACUCAGACCCGCAGCAUCGACCCACAGUGUUUAGAGCGUGGCGGCAGGCUGGCCUGCGGCGGCGAUCUAUACAUGGGCAUGGAGUCCUUCAUGGGCGACUUUCGGGGCUCCUGCUCGCCGGCUGAGUGUCUGGGCAGGACCAGCAUCGGCCCGCUGAGCGAGAGCGACGAAGAGUGUCGCGAGGAUGACGACGACGAUCGGGAAGAGGACGUGGACGAGCGCGAGGCGGCCCAGCAGGCCGUCUUUGAGAGGGAUUGUACAGAACUGGACUUGAAUUUAAUCGAAGAAAACUGACGUGUUUGUAAAACGGAAGGUCGUUUCUUCCCCGUCUCCCUUUUUAUUUAUUUUUAGGAUGGAAGUUUCAUUUUAAAUCUUGAUCGCACCCACGCUACCAAUCAGCAAGGCUCUCAGGAACACCUCCUCUGAUUGGACGAGUAAGUCGACGCUGAUUGACAACAGUGAUGAUGUGACUGCUUGCUUAUAAGACUCGGCGCCGGCUGGACUCGCUGAGUCGUGAAAGGGUUCAGACUAGGGCUGCAACAACUAAUCGAUUAAAUCGAUUAAAAUCGAUUAUAAAAAUAGUUGGCGAUUAAUUUAGUCAUCGAUUCGUUGGAUCUAUGCUAUGUGCAUGCGCAGAGGCUUUUUUUUUUAUUUUAUUUUUUAUUUUUUUAUAAACCUUUAUUUAUAAACUGCAACAUUUACAAACAGCUGAGAAACAAUAAUCAACAUAAGUAUGGUGCCAGUAUGCUGUUUCUUUUCAAUAAAAUACUGGAAAGGGUAGAAAUGUAGUUUGUCUCUUUUAUCUGAGUAUUAAUUGAUUAAUCGAAGUAAUAAUCGACAGAUUAAUCGAUUAUCAAAUUAGUUGUUAGUUGCAGCCCUAGUUCAGACCGUCAGCGUCCGCUAAGAUCGGAGGUGUCAUUCAACACGCAGCUGCCGAGUCUCCCAACAUGUCGAUUGCCUGACACAGCACACCUGAAAAUCCUCAAAUCCUUGGUUUGGACAUUCCAAUCCAAUUAAUAACAAGGUUUGUUUUAAUUAGUUAUAAAUUGGAGCGCGCUACUUGGCUGCAACCAGCAAAGACGCUGUUCAUCCCCGUCCCAACUAUCAGCCUAAUGAAGAACAACGUGGCUUCGAAACAGGAGUUCAGAACACAAUUGUUUAUAUUUUCUUCCUUCUGAGGUCAAAACUGCACUGUCUAUUCUAAAUCUUAGAGGUGUCACUCUUUGGGUAUCUAACGAUGCGAUGUGAUUCCGAUUCUUGGAGUGAUGACUCGAUUCAAACCAAUUCUCGCUACGUAUUAUUUGGUAUAGUAAAUACAAUUAAGCUUUUUCAAAACACAUAUAUAUAUAUAUAUAUAUAUAUAUAAUUAUCCUGAGGGAACUCUCCUGAAGGAAUCAAUAAAGUAUUAUCUAUACA